GCUGCAAAUGGUGAUUUUAAAGAGAAUGUGGGGACAGGUGAGCCCUCACCCAAGAAGAUCAAAGUAGAAGCUGGAGCGGCCAGUGCCACAAUCCCUGAAGGUAGGAUCCAAAUGUCCAAGGGCCUUCCCAACUUGCUCAACUUGCACAAUGUCAGCGCUUGGGUGCAUAUUAUGAUUUCCUGUAGCUUCGGUUCCAUUGUUGGAAAAAUUGGAAAACCUUCCCCCCCUCACGAAAAAAGGCGGGGGAGGGGUAACCCUUUAGCUUGUUUUUUUCCUCAAAGUGAGACAAAAAUUGCAACGUCAAUAAGUGGCAGCACUGAGACUGGACAUUUGUGAGUCCAUCAAAAAUUGCAAAGCGGUGUGUCUCAUUUUGUUGGAUUUUUCGUGGAAUGGUCAAGUUGGAAAGCCGUGUUUCCAUUUUUAGAGUCCGCAAUUAAACAUUUUGUGGGAUUUUUUGUUUGGGGGGGGGAAAAAAACCCUGUGUACUGUCAAGAGAUUGUUGAUACGCAUCCGUGACAAAACCAUAACAGCUCCCCUAAUAGUUUUCAGGUACUCUUUCUGAAUGGCAUGCAGAAGCCUUUUGUAGGGAUAGACCCGUGUCUUGCCCUGGACACUUGGCCUCUCUGCUCGACAAUGCAUAUUUGAAUUCAGGCUUUUUGACAAUUGUGCAAGUUCUGCUCUGAGGAAAGCCCGGUAUUGCUGACUUUGUUGCUUAAAGUAGGGGAUGAAAACAAUUGUGACAAAUUUUAACAAUAAAAGUGAGGGUAUACUGUAAACAAAGGGUGUGAACUUUGAAAUGGAAUACUCAAAAUAAGAAUUAUAAAUGUUACCAUGUACUACAAACUUGUGUAUGUUAACUCAGACUUUUCCUAACAAACUUUUUUGUAUUACAGCUUCCACAUUUUCCCGUAAUCCGAACCGACAGUUUUUACAGUUCCUUUUUCUCUUUUGGUUUUUUGUUUGUGUUCUGAGUUUCUUCUUUUUGCAGAGAGGAGCAAAUCGGCAAACUUAGCUUUGGCCCUGCCUAGCGCGGCAAGAAUACGGGGGACAUGUUACUGACCCACACAUUCUAAUCUGGUACCUUUGAUUUGGAGAGAGUAUUGUGUGCUAGAGAUCUGUAGUUGGUGUUGCAUUGUGGAGAUUGAAAUUUUUUUUUUUCAGUUUCACAGAAAGGGGAAAAAUUACAACAUAAUGGAACAAAACUAAUACCAUUGUUUCCAAAAACAAAAUCAUGAUUUAAAUUUUAAAUGUUCUCUGCGUUGUUUGGACAAAAAGUGCGCAAUCUUAAGAGAAAAAGGUUUAACCGUAUACAUGUAGUGGGAUGCCGUUGCUGUCCCUUGCAUGAAGCACAUUGCAUGGGGUAGGGUUUUCAAGCAAUCUCUUGAUAAAACCCAGAUUUCUGAAGGUAAAAGAAAGGUUAGCGAGUCACUUCUCAGCUCUCUGUUCUUGUGUCUUGAUUUUCGGAUUGUUCCUCCAUUUUGUCUCGGGGGGAAAAACCUGUGGUUUUUGUACUUUUCCUUUUUCAGAACCGCAGCGCAAACUGAACGCUCAGCCUCAGCGACACCCAUUGGAUUGUGCUUGGGUUUGUUUCAGAGUGUUGCGUAGGGGAGGAAAUAACUUGUGCAUUUAGUUCCCAGUCAUAGGCUUGAAGUUCAGAUCCUGGGAUCUCUGGACUUGUUUUUAUUGUGAUCUAAAUUUGUAUGCUGUCUAAAAAGAGAAGGAAAUUAUAUCUCUCCUACUCUCCCCCCCCCAAAAAAAAUAGAAAAUGAAAACCAUCACUAAGAGAAACAAAACCAAAAAAACAAAAGUACAUGUACACAAGGGUAACCCAGAUUUGAAUGUGUACAUCGGAAGCCACGAGGAUACUUUAAUCUUCAUACUUGUGUAUGAACUCAACCCAGAUAUAUUUGGCCUUGAUUUGUAGAGGUAUUCCAUGAGAUGGAUCACAGGCCUUCAAAUUAACGUCAAAUAAACAUUUGCAGCAUAUUGGCAACAAAUACCACUCGGGCAAAAUCUGCUCCACUAUAGGCCGGCCCUGAUCUCUGUAUGCCUACAUUUGUCCUUCCAUUCCCACGCCAUGUAUUUCUCACCCCUUACUUCUUUGCAGACUCGUCAUUAGCCAUUGAUUGGACCCAUCAUCAGCCCUCGAACAACAGUGAACAGUCACCUCCCACUGCCGGUCUUCAUUUUUUUACUCAGUCGUUUUUAUUUUUAUUUUUCCUUGACAGGUCAUUCAGGUCCCUAAACAGGUCCUAAUUAGAGAAAAACCUCUCAAGAGGUUGACAUUGCCUUUGAAAGCACAGAGCUGCAUGCCGCAUUUGUUAUUGUUCAUGUACACAAGCAAACGCUUCAGCAAUCGUAGGAAUUAUUUUGUUGACCUAUAUUCUGAUGAGAUAGAUCCGAUGAAAGAAACGCAAAAAGAGACGAGAUUCCGAUUAGGAAGAUCAGUAAUUUCUUUUUGAACUUGUAUUUCAUCCCCUCGAAACAUUUAUUUAUAUCUAUCAGUGUGAACUGUUCGAAAAUUUGAAAACUUGAUAACUUAAUAAGUGGAGUUCUGUGUGACGGACAAAAGUGGUUCUCGGGCAUUAGCAAAUGUUGAGCACUGUUCUCAGCAAUUCUGUGUGAUUCCAUGAUUCGGUGUAAUGCGUGUCUCUCUCUCUGUCUUUUUUUUGUUCUCUCCUUUGUGCAUUCAUGAGAUCACGACCAGGGACCGUGAAGACAUCCCCCAAACCAGAAGUGGUUUGCUCUGAUUGCGGCCAGCGGAGCCUCGUUAUCAAAUCCAAACCAUACAGCUGCCUGUAUUCCUAGCUUUUCCGAUUAACACAAACGCUUAGCUCCAAGUAACGUUUGGGCUGUCCCCCCCCUCCCUGCUAGACGCAUCCUCCCAUAUCAGCAGCAUGGCAGCCAUGGCCAUCACAACCCUUCACAAGGCCCUGCCAGUCCAUCAAAAGUCGUCCUCCCUGAGGCCAAGCAGCAAGCUAUUCAAGUGAACUGUGACAGAUGCAUUCCUUUUAUUGUCAUUCGUCCUGUUUACAUGCCAAAAGGCCAUGUGGUUGGACUUGUGACAGCUGACAAGGACUUGUGAUGGUCGUGGCUGCAUCUCUGCAUUUGAGGAAUGUGCGUCAGAAGUGUUCGAACCAUUGACAUGGCACCACUUGUGAAUAAGAAUGUGCCGAUUUUUUUUUUACCGAAGGGGGAAUGUCUGUAAAACUCAACAGGCUGAGUCAAUCUGCAAGUCUUAACAGGAGCAAGUCAAAGUGUGGGCAGGCUUUCGCUUAAAGGCUAUGAACUGUGUUACUCUAAUUUGUCUUAUAGGGUUGCACACACGACGGACGAAGUGCUAGCCAAUUUAGUGUAGUUACUGUUAAUAACGUAUGCUUAUUUCAUCGCGUACCAUGGAAAUUGUACUAUGGUUCUGACAGAAAAGCUGGACUUGAUUGAGUAUGAACCAAGUGCUCUUGUUCUUGAGUGCUGAAAGUAAAGAGUCUCUUGGGUUCUAAACACCCUGGGUUUAAUGAAAGACUUUGCAUUUUGUACUGAAGGCAGCCAAUCUUGUUUUGAACGAUUAAUGCAUAUUUGCGGUGGCACAGUUCACAAACAAGCAGGUAUUGUUGCACGAUUGUGCAUCCUCUAAUUGGGAGCAGUUCUUAAGAAGCGGGUAAUCUCUAGAUUUCAUGAUUGGCAUCUAUCAUUUUGCCUUUAAAGCACACAAAAAACCCCCAUAAUUUGACCUGUCCCAAUCCUUGUCCGAUACAUGCAGACUGUCAUUGCUUUUUACAAUUGACAGGGAGAACGAAUGAACAUGUGUCCGUAGGUUAGUUGUAAAACUGAAGGUUGCCUUGCAACUUCAAGGCACGUUAAACAUUGCCAGGAUUCAAUUUUUGGAAAGGCCCGACCAGUUAAUACAUUUGUACACAUGUUAUUUUUGUUAAGUCACUUGAUGUUGCCGAUGUGUCUGAAAUUAGUUUGCCAUGUGCGUCACGUCAGAUACAGACACUCAUAACCAUGUUCUGGUGCCCCCCAUGAAGUAACUUGUCUGGCCCGUUGGAUACAAGAAAUUACAGAUGUAUGCCUCGUGUAGGACCCCAAGCCAUGCUCUGCCGACUAACUCUACCAUUUUUCUCCCUUUUUCCCCCUUGUUAUCUUCCCCCUCUCAUUUUUUUUCCUUUUCUCUCUCUUUUUUUGUCUCUGCAUUUUUGUGUAUUUUGAAGAUUUCAGUUUACGCUGAGACCCACACACACACUCUCACAAACAGCUCUGCUCCAUGUACUGUAGUUUACCGCCUGGCCUAGUGUGGCUAGAGGUCGCCAUGGCAAUUGUUACCAUGGCAACACCGCCAACCUAUAAGACAGCGACUGUGUGACCCGUAGCCCUUCCCCCAUGGUGAUGGCGGAGCAGAUGGGGCCCGUGCUGGCCGGGCCGGGAGCCAAGAAGGAGAUGGGCCUGCUGGCUGGAGGCAUGCCCAGGCUCACCCCCGAGCAGCAGGAGGCGCUGAACCGGGCCAAGAAGUACGCCAUGGAGCAGAACAUCAAGAGCGUGCUGGUCAAGCAGACCCUGGCCCACCAGCAACAGCAAAUGAGCAAUCUGCAGAUGGCCGCCCAGCGCCAGCGGGCCAUUGCCCUGAUGUGCCGCGUCUACGUGGGCUCCAUCAGCUUCGAGCUGCGGGAGGACACCGUCCGGCAGGCCUUCAGCCCCUUCGGCCCCAUCAAGAGCAUCAACAUGUCCUGGGACCCCAUCACCAUGAAGCACAAGGGCUUCGCCUUCGUGGAGUACGACCUGCCCGAGGCGGCUCAGCUGGCCCUGGACCAAAUGAACGGGGUCAUGAUCGGUGGACGAAACAUCAAGGUCGGUCGGCCGAGCAACAUGCCCCAGGCCCAGCCUGUGGUGGACCAACUCAUGGAGGAAUCCAAGAACCAUCCCCGCAUCUACGUCGCCUCCAUCCAUGGCGACCUGUCCACAGAAGACAUCAAGAGCGUCUUUGAAGCGUUUGGAAAGAUCACCAGCUGUGCACUGCCCCUAGACUCGGCCACGAACAAACACAAGGGUUACGCCUUCAUCGAGUAUGAGACCAUGCAGUCUGCACAGGACGCCAUCGCUUCGAUGAACCUGUUUGACCUGGGAGGCCAGUAUCUCCGUGUUGGUAGAUCGAUCACCCCUCCACUGGCGAGCAUUCCAACGGCGACAACACAAGGUGGUCUCCCACCAGCCGCGGCUGUCGCCGCUGCAGCAGCAACAGCCAAAAUCCAGGCCCUCGAUGCUGUUGCGGCCCCAGCAGCAGCAGCGGCCGCGGCAGUGCUCAAUCUUGCCCCCUCCACGCUGUCCCAGGCCCUGCCAGGAGCCGGCCUGCUGACGGCACCGCAACUCGGUCUCCUUAACAUGCCCCAGGCUGUCAUGGCUUCCAAUGCGCCGGGUAUUAUCACAGGCGUGACUCCUAUCCGUCCGCCCAUCCCCACAAUCACUGUCACCACCUCCUCACUGAUGAUGAACCCCACCCUGACUGCCCCGAUGGCCGCCAUGGCCCAGCAGGCCAAUGCAGCCGUGGCGGCCGCCGGCCAAGCAGUGGCAGCAGCUGCGGCAGCUGCUAAGGCCGCGGCCGAGCCAGCUGAGGACGCCAAGAAGAAACUGGAGAGCGAGCUGCCACAGACCAUCAGCGAACAAGAGAACAUGACCAUCUCGGGCACCAGCGCCAGGCACAUGGUCAUGCAGAAGCUUUUGCGGAAGGCCGAGUCACGGGUCGUCGUCCUGCGCAACAUGGUGGACAAGGAGGACCUGGAUGACGACUUGGAAGGCGAAGUGACCGAAGAGUGCGGCAAGUUUGGCCAGGUCAACCGAGUGGUCAUCUACCAGGAGCGGCAAGGGGAGGAAGAAGAUGCCGAGGUCAUCGUGAAGAUAUUCGUGGAGUUCAGCGACCCCAGCGAGGGAGAAGCAGCAAUUGAGGCACUCAACGGCAGGUGGUUCGGGGGUCACAUGGUCAAGGCAGAAUCCUACCCGCAGGCCAAGUUUGAUGCCAGCGAUCUCUCCGGCUGAAAUCUUCCCGAGCCAUUAUUAUUCAUUGCUUUUAUUUUUCGUUAUUAAAGGAAACAAGCAAACAAACGAUAACGUACAACCACAAAAACCUGCAUGUAGUGCCAGUGGUGCUCUGGGCUCCAUUUGAAAAAAAAAACCACUAAUGCUUACGAAAAAUUAGACAGUUAAAGCAUAUUUGGGCUUUGUUUCAAGAGCUUAAUGGUCAUUGAAUAUUGCAAAACAAAUGUUUCAUCUGUUAAUCAUUUACAACACUUACGAGAUUUUGACCAGUAUUCAGGGUAUUCCGGUUCUUUCUAGUUCUGCUUGUGGCACCUGUGGGUACAUGUGUUCACGGAAGUUUCUUCAACUACCAUAAACUUACCUACAACGUAAUGACACAUUAACUUCUGCAUUGUAUUUUUGCAUUAUGUGUGCAUUAUUGAAAGAAAUCUCAAGUGCCGUUGAACCUCAGUGUGCUGACCUUUGCACUGCAGAAAAUCUUAGGCGAAGUUCCACCUCGAGGAAAGUGGUGAAGUGAUGUAUGCCCAGCUUAAAUUUUUAACAGAAUGUUGGUGUAAGCAAAGCUCACCGUUUCCGCUCUCUGGCCAUGGGUCGCGUUUUGGACAUUUCUUUUGAGAGUUACCUGGUCUGUCUGGUUUUACUGUCAGAAAAAGGGGGCUUGAGCUGGGAUGUCUGUGGAUUUAAAAAAGUGUUUACCGGUUUGGAUGAAUCAGGGCCACAUUUCUUGCUUUGUAGGUGAUGUCAGUGAGGAAGGCUAUUGCAGCAAAUUGCCACAAAAUAUUUACUGUAGACUCAGUGCUAUUUUUUUGGGGGUGGGGUGGGGACAUGAACUUAAUUUGAAAAAUGCUUCAGCAAGUCAUGGGUAAAAAUGCUACGCCAGGCUGCCUGUGUUUUUGAGAAGAGGUUAACAAGUUCAGAACAAAGGCAGUAAUCGGUUGAUGGGACCACAUCACCUGCUUGCUGUAAACAGAGGCUGCAAAGUUUGCCCUGUGGCUAGCUUACUUUACUUUCAUUGAACUUGGCCUCACUUAAAUACAUGUAUUUGCUUCUUCACUGUAUAAAAAUUUUAAAAGUGUAACAUAAUGGGGAGUACAUGUAAUCAAAGAGCCAAGAUGUGUCAUAAGUAUCUAGAUACAGUCUCCCGGGUACGGUUCAAAGAACUUCAAAGUAAGAAAUUUCAAAGCGUCUGUUGCAGUUUUGCCUGUACAUUGUGUAGUUUUUCCCUGUCCGUUUCGUUUUGUUUUUUUUAAUGUGAGCCCCCCAACAAAUCCAUUCUGGUGAACUGAAACCUGUGUAAUAAACUUACAAAGACCA